AAGAGCUAUAUCUAUAUAGGUGGAAAUAAGUGUAUGUUAAAUGAAUUCUCUGAGAACGUUGUGCUAUGUCAUAUUUAUUUAUUUUUUUAUUUAUGUGCUCCUCGUUGUGAAUUAAGUAAAGGUGUAAAAUAGUCGCAAUUUUCUCAGGCAUAGAAAAAGCGAAUCUUGAUUAAUUGAAAUCGUUGUAAUUUUUAAAUUUUGCAUUAUUGACAAUAUAAAAAAGUUUCAACUUAUAAAAUCAUAAUCUCUAUUCUAAUAAAUAAAGAAUGUUUGUAAAUAUUUCCUCCUCACAAAUAUUUACAAUAAUGUUUGUUUAACUUAAUACAAAACACUUUUUGAUUAAAGACUGUACUUUCACUGUUACUUUAUUAGUAUGUCUGAGGAACAAAAAUCAUGGGAUUCUAGUCAGUUGAGGAACUAUGAUAUUGAGUUGGAGCAGAUACCACGAUAUCAUUUUCAAGAUCCAAAAGUUGAUGAAAGAAUAAGUAAAAAUCAACCGGUUCUUAUAACUGGUUCAAAACUGGUUAAAUCUGCUGAAGAAAAAUGGAACUUAGAUUAUUUGGGGAAACAUUUGGGCAAAUCAACCUAUACUGUAUUCUUAUCAAAAAAUCAUAAUUUUAAAUAUUUCGACGAAAAGAAAAUUUACAGUAAAAGCAACCCAAAAGGAAUAGAAUUCAAACCUCCCACCCAAAGAUUGGAAAUGAACAUUCACGAAUUCAUGAAAAAAUUGAAAGAUUGGAAAAAAGGGGAUGACAGACUAUAUCUUCAGCAAACUUUAAAUUCUACAGUUGGUCCGAGUAUAGUUGAAGACUAUUUAAAAUUUGAUUGGCAUUUUGUAGCAGAUAAAAAGAAUAAACAUAUGUGGGGUGAAUUGACAUCAAAUGUUUUAUUUAUUUCUAUGGAAGGGAAUGUUACACCUUGCCAUUAUGAUGAACAACAAAAUCUGUUUGCUCAAAUUUUAGGAUAUAAAAGAUGUAUAUUAUUCCCCCCUGACCAGUUUGAAUGUUUGUAUCCUCAUCCUGUUUACCAUCCUCACGACCGACAAAGUAUGGUAAAUUUUGAUAAUCCAAAUUUCACCAAACAUCCAAAAUUCAAAAACAUUAAAGGCUGUGAAACAGUAGUCGGACCUGGAGAUGUUCUUUAUAUCCCCAUAUAUUGGUGGCAUCAUAUUGAAUCUUUACUUCAUGGAGGGCCUACUAUAACAGUGAAUUUUUGGUAUAAAGGUGGGCCUACUAAUUUGCAAUAUCCUUUACAAGAUCAUCAAAAAGUAUCAAUUAUGAGAAAUGUUGAAAAAAUGUUAUUGGAAGUAUUACAGGAUCCACAGGAAAUAGGGCCACUAUUGAGGGCUAUGGUGUUAGGAAGAUAUACAGAUCCUUAAGUAACCUCAAAGGAUUUUGCUAAUGACAUAAGGAAUAUGUCAUCUACAACAUCAACAUGUCAUUUUUUAUCUGAAACAAACUAGAAUAAUUAUUGUAUUUUUGUACAUAUAAACAAAUAAUUGUAGUGUGUAAUUUAAGCCGUAACUAUUAUUAAACUAUUUUUAAUAUGAAA